UCGGGACCGGAGGAGUGGAGGUCCUGGGAGCCUGGAGAGGGAGACGCCAGUAGCACCGCUGCAGAGCAGCGGAGGAGCCCUGGAGGUCACCCCUCGGACCCGGGUCCAGUCAUCCUCCGUACCCGACCCUCCCCGCCCCGUCUCGGGAGCCAUGGCUAGCUUGAGGCAACGCUUCCAGAGGUUCCUGGAGCAGAAAAACAUUGUCACCGAUGCCCUGGGGAAGCUGGAGGAGAUCACGGGGGUCAGAAAGUACUACUUGGCUACAGGUUCCAUUGCCUUCGUGGCCCUCUAUCUCAUAUUUGGCUAUGGUGCCUCCCUGCUCUGCAAUCUCAUCGGAUUCAUGUACCCAGCAUAUGCCUCCAUCAAGGCCAUUGAAAGCCCCAACAAGGAUGAUGAUACCAUCUGGCUCACCUACUGGGUGGUAUAUAGCAUAUUUGGCCUGGCUGAGUUUUUCUCUGACAUCUUUCUUUUCUGGUUCCCCUUCUACUAUGCAGGGAAGUGUGCCUUCUUGCUAUGGUGCAUGCUUCCAGUGACCUGUAAUGGCUCCCAGAUUCUGUAUCAUCGCCUGAUCCGCCCCAUCUUCCUGAGGCAUCAGGCUUCCAUGGACAGCCUGGUGACUGACCUGAGUGGACGAGCCCUGGACACAGCAGCCAAUCUGACCCGGGAAGUCCUCCAGGCCUUGUCUCACAGCCGGACACUGCUGACCUCCCAGGUGGCUCCUCAGCUCUCUCAGGAGGCUCCCAACCAAGGCAGGCAUGACUCACCUACAGAAGAAUAAGUGAAGAGAUCACCCCUGAGCCAGAGGCUUCGAAUGACUGGACACCCUCCUUCCAGCCCCUAAUCCUGGCCUGGGUCUGAGAAGCUGACCCCUCCCAGCUGCACCUCCCCAAUCAACUUCACCCUCUUGGGCCUUAGGGCAUCAGAAAAGUCUCCCCAGGUGGGAGAUGAUAGGGUGGACAUGGGGGGCCUCUGCCCAUCUAGGUUCUGCCGGCACCCACUAAGGGCCUGCCGGUGCUCGGACUGCUCUACUAGACCACUGACCUCUGCCUCUGGUCCCUUCCAUCCGCCACUGGCCUCCCCACAGGACUCUUGAUGUGUUCUGGCUAUUCCAGCUGCCCAUGUAUUUAAAAAAAAAAAAAAAAAGUCCUACACAGGCCAAACUUGUUAGACCUCAA